ACGUGCAGAAUCAACUGGUUUGUCGCCAAGAUUUUAAUCAGCAAUCUACCACUAGCUAACAGGAAUGCUACCCACUUAACCACGAAAACGAAAACUCGAACGGUGGAUUCCGAGGAUCCCUAACAAAAAAAAAGGGUAUUUUUCUUCUUAAUAUGGGAUCCAGAGCAAAGUGAACAAGAGGGUUUCAUUGUUUCCAAGCUCCUUCUAUAAAUCAAAUUCAAGGGAAAAUUAACCAUUUUUGUAAAUGAAAUCUACAUAGUUCAUUUCUAAUAGCAUAAUAAAAGACAGUUAAUAAACAUCUUUUACACUUUUUCUAACCUUUCCUAUAAAAUCAAAUACAAAGAUAACUAGAAUUUUUUACAUUUUGAUCAAAUUUAUUACUAAAUUACGUACGCUCUUUCUAACAUUAAAAGAUUUUAAUGCAACAAGCCUGAUUUCUAAAUAUACGUAGUUCCAAUCAAUAUUAAUCUACAACAAGAAAUUUCUUAUAAACAUUUUAAAGAAUUAAAUAAUGCUGUGUAGAUAAAAUACUAAAAAACUAAAAUGUUAAUUUCUUCUUAAUAGCAAUUUUAGUCAGGUAAAACCAUUUGAAUUAUUUUGAGCAACUUACCUUACAGAAAUCAAUAUGCUGAAAUAUCACACACAGUUAAAUAAUGAAACUAACCAAAUAAAUGUAAAAUCGACACAGAAUAUAUUGUUCGAUUAUUAUUCAAAAAUUAGAUCUGUUCUUUAUCAGCCAUCUAAAUCUGACCUCUUCAUCAGAAAAGAGUAAACGAUAAUUCUUUUCUCAUUUUUUGUUAUCAAAAUUAAACGGAAAUUAUUCUUCUCACUAAAAUUGAGACUUCUGCUAUUUAUUACAUAAAGCAACAGAUUCUUAUUCAUACAGGAGUGUACCAUGAAAUUCAAGCUUCGAAAACAUCACGUAAGAGUUAGGAAAUUAAACACAGCCUCAUAAUUUUAAUUUUUGUUCAAUACAUAUAUAGCAAACUGAAUCUUCUGAAACAAUGAAUGGUAACAGAAUUGUUACGACAGACACCGAUGCUAGUAAGAAGAAGAAGCAUCCGUGCAUGGCAAGUACCAUGAAUGACUAUCCAGGUCCAAGAUCUGAAACCCUACUUUCUACGAACCCAAUGUUGCCCGAUAAGGAAAGAGGGAAUUUGUGGAGUCCUUGCAGCAACUGUAGCAGCAGUGAUGAAAACAAUUCCCCCACUGCUAUGAACAGCUUUAUUUGGGACAAGCCUGCUCUCGAGGAUAAGACGGUUGACUUCGGAUGGUCAUCAACACAAACUAGUGGGAAAAAUUCACGCACAAAAGCUUCAGAGCGAUUGUUCAAAGAGAAGCACAAACCAAGCGGUUAUGUCAAUGUUCAAUCUGGGAAUACAAAAGAUUUUCCUGACAGAAUUUCGUCUAAGAGAGAGAGUCAUCCGAACAAGUCUUAUGAAAACAAAACAUUACCUUCUUCCCAAGAAAAGUCUUUUGCACUCGAAGAACGUCUUCAAGGUCACUCAGAUACUCCGGAAUCCGAUGACUUUCAGGAUCCAGCUGAAGAAUCUUGUUUAAAUCAAAGAAGUGAAGAAGAGAUUAUGAAGGAAAAAGAGGAUCUUCGGAACGCGGCGUGGUUCCAAGCAGGAAUACCUAGGGAAAUUGCUUUGGAAGUUCUGGCUGAAAAACCUGAAGGAUCUUUCAUCGUUCGAGAAAGCACUACAAAGCCUGGCUGUUAUGCCCUUUCACUUCGAGUGCCGCCUGGCCGUAAUCCUACAGGAAUAGCCCAUUACCUUAUUCUGCACACAGACAAAGGCUAUAAAAUAAAAGGAUUUACCAAAGAAUUCUCCAGCCUAAGCGCUCUGAUAACACACCAUUCUGUGAUGCCAGAACUACUUCCUUGUCCACUCUCCUUAUGUCGUCAUUCAACCAGGGACGCCGAAAAAGAAUUUGAAGAGACAGAACAAAAGAAAUGUGACAUAUUUUCGGACAUUCACUGGCUUAUGACCGAUUUAGAAUUAUAGAAACCAUAGGACAUUUCUAUGCUGUAUAUCUAAAACCGAAGAGUGAUUUUCUAAAUAUUUCUAUCUUUUUCAUUCUGCAACAGCCGCAGAAGUGAGUCUUGAUCUGUAAAUUAAAUGCUGAAUGAAAGUACCAACUUAAGUGCUAGUCCAACAUUUGUAUAGAAAUUGUACUUGUGAAUUUCUGUACAAUUUUUUUACUGCUUUUUCUGAAUUACAUUAUUUUGCAAUUAAUAAUUUCAAAAAUAUAAAUGCAACUUGGAAAAUUUUAGUACGAACAUCCAAAAAAUUAUAAAUAAAUAAAUAAACUAUACUUUGACGAUAUUAGUAAUAGUAUGGUAAUAUAAGCAGUAUUAGCAAUUUGUACACUACUUGAUUCAAAAAGGAAAUAGCGUACUUGAUUCCAUUAAUAAACGAAAACUAAGCGAGAAUCAGACUUCAGCAGCUCCCAGCAAUCAACCCAAGCAACUCAGCUUCCAGGCAAAAACAUAUAGAGAAAUAAAAACUCGCUUUUUUUAAGUUUAUAUAUUUUUCGCCUUUACAUGUUAUGUGUUGUAAAAAUACAAAGUUUUUAUACAGAUAUUAAAUUCAAACCUCACUUCAACAGAUAUUGCAGCAAAAAUUUUGAGCAUAAAAAUUAAACCUAACAAAAAUUACUUCAUGCAUUUGGAAAACGUAAUUCUGGAAUGUGUCAUAGAAUGUAAUUUAAUGUAUAUUUAAAAAUAGUCAUUUGCAUAAUCUGAUUUUUAAGACCUGACAAUGAUUUUGAAAAAAAAAAUAUAAUAUUGAUAUUUAGGUAAUGCUUUAAAAUUUUCAUAAUUAGCAAACUUAAAACUAAACUUCCUCGAAGCUUCCAAAGCAGUCUAAAUAAUCAAAAUUUAAAAACUGCAGCUUCUCUUAACCUAUUAAACAUAUAUUGCUAUUUAAGUCUUAAAAAAGGUGAUGAUAUAGUGUCAAAAUUAAAUUUCUAAUUUUUAAGCAGUUAAAUUUUCUGUUCAGAUUUUUCCAACUUUUGUACACACAGUACACAUUUCUUGUACACAGAAGUAACAUACUUAUAAAGGAAAUAAAACUAGGAUUAUGGCUUGAA